UUCGCUUCUUCGUCCAUGAGCUGGCUGCAGUCGGCGUGCUUUAAGCGAUGGUAUGUGUAUCACCAUGCGUGUGGCACGCUGCUGACCAUAGGCCGGCUCAGAAGUGGCCGAGACAUUCGCCUCUCGACCGCGACCAUGAGAGCACUCAACUCUCGACGCCCACGGUCAACAUCGAGCAUCCACCGGCUCGUACCUCGUUCGACUCUCUGCUUCUUCCUUCUGCUUUGCGUCCUUCACGCACGAGCGCGGAGUGUGCCUCACGAUGAAGGCAGCGUCAUCGCGGACCAAGUGCACGGCAAGAUUUCGAUAGAGGUGAGUGACUCCAAUUCUGAUGUCGUAGACGAGAUAGCUCAAACGCAAAGCUUGCCGGAACAUGAUGGUGACGAAGAUGUUAGUCGUUAUGAGGAAAGGACGAACCCAGCGGAAGAGAUACUCGUCGAGGAUCCUGAAAAGAUUCAGGCGGAAGCGAUUGGUGAUGAAGGUAGUGUGGCAAAGAAGAGACGACGGAACGACGUGAACCUUUCCGGUAAGCCUAUGUUGCAGGAUGGCGAGAAAGACGAAGGUAUUCGACGAUUUGACGCUCAGAUCGACUCCGACGAAUCUGAGGAACCGGACCAACGAAAGGUACCAGAAAGUAUCACGGUGGAUAGCCCAGAUUCGCAGGAAGAUACCAUCGAAAUUAAUGUCGAGCACUUGCACGCGGAUGUAAAAAACGUGAAUGUGAACGGCGACGAGGAUGGGGCGGAGCCGGAAGAAGAGACGUACGCAGACACUUCCUCGAAUAUUGGAGAGAAUCUGAAGGACGUUGUCCACUUAAAACAGACAGAGAAAAUAGAUUUAAAUAAUGAGGAAACGGGGCAGAACGAAAACUUUGACGGGGCGGAACAUAAUUUGAAUGAAGAACGAACAAAGACUAUUGAACAUGUGAAGGAGGACGUACCUAACGAGCUUAGGAGCUUGCAGCUCGCUCAAGCGGAAGAAAUUGAAAGGAAUCAAGAAGAACACAUCAUCGAAGAGGCUUUGAAUAACGAAGAAAUCAAAGUCGGUGACAAAGAUCUGGACUUGAACAGAGAGAAUAGAGCCAGUGUUCCAGGUAAGUCUAAAUACAAGAGUUCGACUGUCUAUCUGAAUGCUGAAGAAGGUAGUUUGCCUGGUCGCGAGCAAGAGUCGAUUGUAGACGGUCAAAUAAAAAAAUUGAUAUCUAUACGAAAUGACGCCCUUGAAACUGUCCGUAAUAACGCGAAACCGUCGGGAAAAUUUAAUGAAGAAAGUCUUCUUUCAGAGAAAUCGAUUGAGGUUGACGCGGUUGCUGUUGAAAAAGAUGAAGAGAUACGUAAGCGUAGCAGCGACGAGAAAGCGACACUGACUCAAAGUGAGAAUCUUGAUGAAUCAUCUCCAACAACGGAAGCCGAUUUUAAUCGCUUUCAAAAGUGGAAGAGUCAAGCCGCGUUUCUUCAGGAGCAAAUUAAGAACAGAACGUUCCUCCAAUAUUUGAGGGAACAGGCAGUCGAGGUGCUCCCUGACAUUCCGAAAUUCACAGAAAUUCAGUUGCUGGAUACUUUGAAGAAUAUCGUUCUAACGCGGAAGUUAUCUACGAACGAAACGUACUGGAAGAACUUGGAUGCGACUGAAUUGACCGAGAACCAAUUGGAAAUAAUAAAGUGCGCCGAACAAUUGGUACAUACGAGGCAGCGGCAGUCAUUUGUGGAGAACAUGGGGGAAUGUAUUCGCGGUCUUAGCGUCUUCAAUUGCAUACGCAUCUUCGUCUGGCCCGUCGUGCUCGACAAUCUUCCGGAAUCAAUCAAGCAGUCUCUGAAUAAUGUGCCGAUCGAGAUAAAUUUGAUCGACCUUUUUCAGGGUAAUAGGGCCAAGUCUGCGAGGUCGGAGAGCAACAUUCAUCCGAGGCUGCUGACGCCCGAGUUCGUUGUCUUCAAUAUUCUGAAGGGUGCUUUGGAAUCAAAAGUCACCUACGAUUUGGCGCCGACCUUCAUCGAUCCAACAAACGAAACUCUGAGGGCACUGCUCACAAACGGUCAACUCCAGAUCUUGCAGAUGGCUGAGAGACUUCUACCUGGUGAGAUACGUCGCGAAUAUUCCGACAGAAUGUUCUCGUGCGUGCGCAGGUUCGAAUACUUCAGCUGCGUCAAGUACUUCGCCUGGCCGAUGGUGAAACAGUAUUAUCCGACGCUGCCGGCUUUCCCGGAUUAUCAGAGUUGGUAUCCGUCGAUAUUAUACCCGCAGUAUCCCAUCGUUCCCUUUCCCAAUUUUGUGGGGACCUCGGGUGAGCUUCCCGAAGUCGUUGAAGCCGACGCUACGAGAAUGCGAAAGCCCAAGCCGGAAGCGGUGAUCGUGAACAUCCUUGAGAAUACCCUGAAGGAGCACGCAAAGGCACCGCCUCUAGUUCAUGACACGGAUUCUUACGUCGCUGUACUCCCUCCGGAACAAUUACUGUCAAUCCACAUGGCUGAGCAGCUACUUCCUAUCUCGUAUCGUCCAGAAUUUGUUGAAAAAACGGUUAAGUGUAUUCAGGAAUAUAAUUACGUGAGUUGCAUUAAAUAUUCUACCUGGCCGACGGUCAAGCAAUUUCAUCCUACUCUACCGGAUAUUUCCGAAUGGAUGCCGGAAUGGCAGUCCGCGGUCUUUAAUUUCCCGAAUUUUCAGUUUCCCGAUUUUUCCUCGUUUUUCCCUAACCUACCCCCGUUUUUGGGAGGGAGUCAACCGACUACACCGACUGCACCGACCACCGAAAUACCAUCGGAAUCCGGCAAUUCUACUGCAGAAGAAUCGUCCGGUCGUCUUGCUAUAUUAUUAUCUCGCCAAAGUGAAGUUUCUUCCAAAGCAUCCAACGAGUUAGAGGACAAGGUUACGGACGUUUUAACAAAGGUACAUGAUUCUUUGAAAGCAAUACCGAAAAGUUUGCCUUUGGCUAUCAGCGAAAAUGUGAUUGUUUUGACAACCAUAACCGAGAAACAACUUAAUAUACUGCGAUUAGCGGAGAGCCUGGUACCGCCUCAGGCUCGGGCUCCUCUUGUCGCUCAAGUUAUGUCUUGCCUCCAAGCGAACAACGACUUUCUCAACUGCACCAGAUAUGUCAUUUGGCCUACGGUCAGUCUUUAUGUUGCUAAUUUUCCUGAAUUUCCUGACUUAGCGCCUACUCAAGAACCAGCAAAACAAGAAGAUCAGAAGUUAAAAGAUAAGAACGCUUUGAACCAGACUACUAAAAAUCAGCAGGAGUGGAACAAAUCACAAACGAAUUCCAAUGUAAAGAUUAUCUCCAGGACGAAAUUUCCGCAGAAUAACGGACCUGUGAUUAGUGUUACUGGUACUCGAUUUGUGCCGAUAUUCACAGAACAUCCCGAGUCGGUGAUACUCAACAUUCUCAAGGCGGUUCAACUGUCUUCGCCAAAUGUACGAGAGGAUCAGAGUGUCAAAAUCACCAGCACGCAACAGUUUGGCGAUCUGCUUAGCGAUCAGCAAUUGAAUAUUCUUAAGAUAACAGAGGGUUUGCUACCCGAUGCCGCUCGUCCUGCUUUCGUCAAUCGGAUGAUAGAGUGCGUUCAAAAGGGCAACUUUCUAGGAUGCUCGAGAAGCGUGCUGUGGCCGAGUUUGCUGGAACAUUUCCCCAGGCUGCCCAGUUUCCCAAAUUUCGGAGGACAUCCUCAAGCGUCAAACACUAAGUCUACAUUACCGCAGAAUGAGUCUAAAUUACCUCUGACUGACCCAUCGCCAUUUUCGGAGACUGACGUUAAAGUUGGCCAACAUGGAGACGCUACCGUUACCAUCACAGACACUAGAUUUUAUCCGAUUUUUUCUGAACAUCCAGAAGGUGUCAUUUUAAGAAUUCUCAAGGCUGUACAGCAUUCUACUCCAGAUGCCCUUACUUCGAUGGUUACUUCCAAAUCACCACAAAUUUCGACUGUUUUCACGGAACGGCAAAGUAAUAUUGUUCAAGCCGCAGAAACUCUGUUGCCGGAAUCAAUAAGACCAGUCUUCGUUGACAAGAUGCUUACUUGUGUUCAACAGAAUACAUUCCUCGAGUGUACGAGAGAUAUAACUUGGCCAACUGUUGCACAAUUUUUCCCGAGACUGCCAAAUUUUCCUAAUUUUGGAAGAUUUCAGAUCCUACCAAGGACAAAAAUCGAUUUAUCAUCAGUUUUGCUGCAUAACGUUUAUUCCGAUAACCAGACAUCUGGUGAGAAGAGUGAAAAUGCACCGAAGACUACCAUAGAAACAAUAGAAGAUAAAAUAGAGAGUGUAUUGAAGGAUCUGCUGAACUCGUCACCGCGUUUGGACAAUUCUUACUUGGAUGUCAAUAAUCCGGUAAUAGGCUCUCUUCUGACUGCUCGAGAAAUGAACAUUGUCAGAUUAGCCGAAAGAGCAAUACCGGAUUCGAUACGCAGCGAAUAUAUAAAUAACAUCCUGGAAUGCGCGAAAAGUAAUAAUUUUCUAACCUGUACCCAACAUGUCACUUGGCCGACCUUGAAGCAAUUUUCGCCGACUUUACCAAACUUCGAAGAAUUGUUCAGUCAGCUUCCCGGAGCAGGUCAAAUUCCUGGUAUCAGUCAGAUUCCAGGCAUCAGCCAGAUUCCAGACAUUAGCCAGAUUCCUGGUUUUGGUCAGAUCCCUGGCUUAGGUCAACUUUUUGGUACAGGUCAGAUCCCUGGCUUAGGUCAACUUCCUGGUGCAGGUCAGAUUCCUGGUUUAGGUCAACUUUCUGGUGCAAGUCAAAUCCCUGGUAUAGGUCAACUUCCUGGUGCAAAUCAAAUUCCUGGCAUAGGCCAACUUCCUAGCGGAAGUCAGAUCUCUGGUAUUGGUCAACUUCCUGGCGGAGGUCAGAGUCCUGGCAUUGGUCAACUUCCUGGCGCAGGUCAGAUCUCUGGAAUAGGUCAACUUCCUGGACAGAUUCCUGGUAUUCCAGGAUCGGGAAAUUUUUUCGUCGAGAGUCCCAACUUGCCACAGAUUUCUAUCUCUCAAAUUCCUAUGCUACCGAGCGGAAUUCAAUCUGGCAUACCUCAGUUUCCAGGAUUGUCUAGCUUUAGCGGUCUAAAUUAUCCGCAAUUUGAAAUCUUGUCGGACGCGCCGCAAGAGCCAAAGUCACAGGAGCCGAAGCCGAAGCCUCAUCAAGAGACGGUUCAAUCAAAGGUCGCGCACACAGUGGAGCAGGUGAACCUAAUAAAUGGAGAAUCGAGGGCUUCGAACACUGCGUCAGUAGGCGAGCAAGGAGUAGUCUUCGGAUAUCUUGGACAACCGUCAGACAUUCUCAUAGAUAUUUCCAAGGAGAAAGUUCAGUUGCCUGAACAUAAGCUACAACGAAGUCCAUUGUCGGAAUCUGUUCCCUCAGGCACAUCACCGAAGAAACACGAAAGAAGACGAAGAAGUACUGAUCAAUUAUCAAAUACUUACUAUGAGACCGAGGGAGAAAAUAAAUGGCCUUCGGAGACGACGAUGGACAGUAUGUUCCCUAACAUCACGGAAUCCGACUUUCUUCAGCUUCUAGUUAAUAUUUCAAAAUCCGAGAAAAUUUUAGAAAAAACCCCCGAGGAGAAUUCAAAGCAGUAUUUCGUAGAUACGUUAAAUUCUACAAUAAAAAAUUCUCUAACCGCCGAUCAAUAUGAGAUCUUGAAACAGGUGGAAGAUUUCAACCAGCAUACUGCAAAUCGUGGUUUCAUGUCGCAGGUAGUCCAAUGCGUACUUAGCCUCAGCUUUAUCAGAUGCAUGGCUAUUUUCGUCUGGCCAUUAAUCACUAGCACCGUGCCAUCAUUGCUCGGUUUGCCGUCUUUACCCUCGUUGCCUCUUCUUGGUAUCAUUGGAAGAUCGACGGAGACCGAAGUUCAGCAUUUCUUCGGCAUGUCUACGAGCGAUUUUGAGAAAGAAAUGUUAACGAGAAAAGAAUCUAUAGAAAAUAUGCUCCUGGACUGGUACAAGACAGCGAUGGAAGAGAAGUUUCAGGUAGAUCUAGGUUUCCUGAAGCUCAAGGGCUACGGAAAUGGUGAAGUCGGCAUUAGCUUCGGUGGUUUCCGCAAGGGUAGAGCCACGAAGAUCAAAGACAAUAAGAACUUGCCGAGUAUUUUGACGAUCAUCAGCGACAUUAUGGAAGAGGUAUUAGAUCAGCGGCCAGACCACGAGAAGCUCAAGAAAGAAAAAGAGAAGAAAGAGAGAAGCUUAGAUUUGCAAGAAGCGAACUUUCAGCUUUUGCAAGAGAGCGACGAGUACGCAGAUAUUAAGCGAUCCAUUAACGAUGAUCAGAUAAUCACUAUGUUUCUAGAUAAAAUCAAGGCCAACGCGACAGAUUUUGCUGAUGGUGAUGUUACUCAGUUCCUCAACGUUGAGAACGCUUACAACGCUUUCAGCGUACUCUUCGGGACCCGUUUGAACGAAAAGUUUGCGGACAGAUUCAAGGCUUUUACCGAAGAACAUUUGAAGAAAGAUAAUCCCGAGAAGCAAAUAAAGAACCAUAAUGCGGAGGAAUUAAAAGUAAUACCUUUGAAAGGAGAAAUGACUUAUGAGCUUGAGAAAGAAUAUAUGGAAAGUGAUGAGGAACGCAAAAGAGAACACCGCGCAAAGAACGAAUUCAGAUCUCUGCUGGAUGAGUACUCAGAGAAGUUAGCGAAGAAGUCGGAAAUUCCUCCUACGAAGAAGCUCGAAGAUCCAGAAAACGAAAAUAGGAUCAAGGACACUGAAUCAUCCUCCGACAAGAGUGUACGUUCGGAACUGAGGAUUCAGUUGCCGCUUUUGCGAGAAGACAUCAUGUCCAGGAAAAUGACAAACGCAAUAAUGCAUUUCGGAAGAGCGAUGAAGACGAAGAUGAGCCAUUUGAUGCCUGGAAUCGGUUUCAUUAUAACUUUCGUCGUUCAAAUGGCCUUGGCUCACGCGAGAGCGGCAGCUACCAUGGCUGGUAUGAUUAGCAACAUGGCCCUUAUGUCAGCCAUGUUCGGCAUGUUGCGACAAAGUAUAUUCGGGUCGGAAAAUCCGGAGGUUAAAUAUGUGUACGACAAUUAUAAAACGGGUCCGGGGAUUACUUGGCCGCAUCAUCACAGGUCAUAUUAUCAUUAUGAGAAAUAGAACUUUGAUUCGCCUGAUCAAGUCUACUAAUCACUUUCGAUGUAUACUGUAUUAAAACGUUUCUCGUUAAGAGCUUUAUAUACGUCUCUGUUACAGACUUAGCUCAAAGUCUGAAGCAAAUCAGAUUAUAUAUUGGGUUAGCUUUAAUUUUUUGUAUUAAUAUCACCGUGGUCGCGUUCAUGAAAUGUAGUUUUGAGAUAAUUAAAAUAAAAAUAAUAAUUUUGCUAAAAUAUCUAAACAUUUAGCUGGAUACAAAUCUGAAUAAUUUUGUUAGACUAUAAAAUAAUUAUGUAGGACACUCAAACUGAUUAUUAAAGUAUCAAAACUUUUUGCAUUUCUAAUCACCUUAAACUCAAUCAUCUUUUAAUCAUCUAAUCAUGUUUAAACAGCCUUCAUAAUUAUUUUAAUAGUACAAUAAAAUUAUUUUCAGAUUUGUAUUCAGUUAAAUUUUUAAAUAUUUUAGCAAAACCUUCUUUCCGUGUACGGAAAUGUAUGCUUAUGCUAAUAACAGGUGCUAUAAAAAAAGUUUUAUCCAUUCCUGAAAAGAUACUAAUCGAAAAGUUAGAUAAUAGUUUCUCUGAAUGCGUCCACGUUAUCUCUCAUGAAACAUUUUACUUAUAUUUUAGUACACAACACGGAAUUCGACAAGAGUAUAUUUUCAAAAGUUAGAAUA